AUAGGUACAAGUAAUGGCUCUGUCCUGGUGUUUCAUCUUACAAGUGGUCUCUUACACAAAGAAUUAAGCAUCCAUUCCUGUGAAGUCAGGGGAAUUGAGUGGAUAAGCUUGAGUGGGUUUAUUUCCUUUGCCACAUCAACACCUAACAAUCUGGGGCUAGUGAGGAAUGAGCUGCAGCUGGUGGACCUACCAACAGGCAGGAGCAUCGCAUUUCGUGGGGAGCGAGGCAAUGACGAGCCAGCUAUUGAAAUGAUAAAGGUGUCUCAUUUGAAGCAGUAUCUAGCUGUAGUAUUUAAAGACAAACCACUGGAGAUCUGGGAUGUCAGAACAUGCACUCUGCUCAGAGAAAUGUCUAAAAACUUCCCUACAGCAACUGCUUUGGAGUGGUCACCUUCUCAUAAUUUAAAAAGCCUGAGGAAGAAGCAGUUAGCAGCCCGUGAGGCCAUGGCCCGGCAGACGGUUGCAUCAGAUACUGAAGUCAGCAGUGUAGAAUCUUCUGUGAUCAGCUUGUUACAGGAAGCCGAAAGUAAAUCGGAGCUGAGCCAGAACAUUUCUGCCAGAGAGCACUUUGUGUUUACAGGUGCUGAUGGGCAGGUUUAUCAUCUCACAGUAGAAGGCAACUCAGUAAAAGACAGUGCAAGAGUUCCUCCUGAUGGAAGUAUGGGUAGCAUUACAUGUAUUGCCUGGAAGGGGGAUAUCCUCGUUCUUGGAGAUGUUGAUGGAAACUUAAACUUCUGGGAUUUGAAAGCUAGAGUAUCCAGGGGAAUUCCUACACACCGAAGCUGGGUGAAAAAGAUACGUUUUGCCCCAGGGAAAGGAAAUCAAAAACUUCUUGCAAUGUACAAUGAUGGAGCAGAAAUUUGGGAUUCAAAAGAGGUACAAAUGGUGAGCAGUUUAAGAAGUGGAAGAAACGUCAAUUUCCGAAUCCUGGAUGUGGACUGGUGCACUUCAGACAAAGUGGUCUUGGCAUCAGAUGAUGGGUGCAUUAGAGUUCUAGACUUGUCCAUGAGACCAUCGUGUUUUAGAAUGGACGAACAGGACUUAAUAGAACCUGCAUGGUGCCCCUAUCUGCUUGUUCCAAGGGCUUCAUUAGCUUUAAAAGCAUUCUUGUUGCAUCAGCCAUGGAAUGAGAAAUAUUCUCUAGAUAUUAUGAACACUGAUUAUGCAGAGAAUGAAAAUAUUAAAAACCUUCUUCAAGAGCAGUUGAAUUCAUUGUCCAAUGACAUAAAGAAACUUUUACUUGAUCCGGAUUUUACUCUCUUGCAAAGAUGUCUCCUAGUUGCCAGACUGUAUGGAGAUGAAUCUGAACUGCAUUUCUGGACUAUUGCUGCCCACUAUUUGCACAGCUUAUCCCAGGAAAAGCCUGCAAAACCAGCAGACACAGCUGUCCUUCAAGAACAGUUGCUUAAUCCCUUGGAUAUAUGCUAUGACAUACUUUGUGAAAAUUAUUACUUCCAGAAAUUCCAACUUGAAAGGGUAAAUCUCCAGGAAGUGAAGAGAUCAACAUAUGAUCAUACCAGGAAAUGUGCUGAUCAACUUCUCCUCUUGGGCCAGACUGACAGAGCAGUGCAACUAUUGUUAGAAACAAGUUCAGAGAAUGCACAUUAUUACUGCGAUUCACUCAAAGCUUGCUUGGUCACAACUGUUACCUCAUCAGGACCAUCUCAAAGUACCAUUAAACUGGUAGCAACCAACAUGAUAGCUAAUGGAAAGCUCGCAGAGGGUGUACAGUUACUGUGUCUGAUCGAUAAAGCUGCUGAUGCCUGUCGUUACUUGCAAACUUAUGGCGAAUGGAAUCGCGCAGCAUGGCUUGCAAAGGUUCGUUUGAACUCCGAGGAGUGUGCUGAUGUGUUAAAGCGUUGGGUAGAUCACCUUUGCUCUCCACAAGUCAACCAGAAGUCCAAAGCUAUUCUUGUCCUCUUGUCACUUGGAUGCUUUGCAAAAGUUGCAGAAAUGUUGCACAGUAUGAGGUACUUCGAUAGAGCAGCUUUAUUUGUUGAAGCUUGUCUGAAGUACAGGGCGUUUGAAGUUAAUGAUGAUACAAAUAAAUUGAUCCAUGCUGUAUAUGCAGAUUAUGCCAGAAGCUUGAAGCUCCUGGGCUUUAAACAGGGAGCUAUUCUCUUUGCCUCAAAAGCAGGAGAAACUGGUAAAGAGUUACUGACUGAGCUCAAACAGCCUAAAGAGGAAGUGACACAAGAGUAA